GCAUUCACUUGAAUCAUAUUCACCAGUUAUACUCACUCACUCAUAAUACUCAGUUUUCACUGAUCAAAGUUUGGAAAAUGUGUAGACUAUUCGUGAUAUUCGUUGUGGUGUCUGUUAUUGGGCUGACUGCAGCCCAGAUCAACUUCACUCCAAAUUGGGGCAAACGAUCCCUUCCAAAUGAAGUCAAGACAGAAGAGGCAUCGAGCAGGGGUAACUACUGCCACGAUGUGGAUGACAAUGCCAUCAAGUUAGUCUACGAGAUCUUGAAAAGUGAGGCCAAGAAGCUGGUGGAAUGUGAAAGACUAUAUCGAAGUGAUAUCCAUUGAUUAUGUUUGGUAGAUACGACUGAUUAGUAAUAUCGAAUAAAGUGAUAUCUUCAA